CCUGGAUUUGAGUGUGCUAUGUUUGCAUCAGUGACUACGGAGUUAGCUUGCUAUAUAACGUACGUCCGCCUUGAAGGGGAUCCCUUUAUUGAGAAUCUGCGUCUUCUUCUUGGUAAUUGAUCACUCUGCACCCAGGGACACCCAAUUCAUAGUUGAGGCGGAGUAAUCAUCAUGAAUAAUCAAAAAGCCGUGGCUGGGCUGCUGCAGGAGUGCAAAGAAGCGCUGGACACACUCUCAUGGGCAUUGGGGAAGGAAGACAAGAGACACUAUGAGCAGUGCCAAGCUUCACUCCCCAGCGAGUUAAGGACCCUAAUCCAAGAGGCCAAGGAAAUGAAGUGGCCCUUCGUGCCAGAGAAGUGGCAAUACAAACAAGCCGUGGGACCCGAAGACAAAACAAAUCUGCAAGAUGCGAUCGGCGCCAGGCUGCAUGAGUUACUGGCAUACUUGAAAGCCUCCAUCCUGGUCCAGGACUUCACAACAGCAACUGCUCUCGUGUUCUUGAUGGACCGGUUCUUAUAUGGCCUUGAUGCCUCUGGCAAACUCCUGCAGGUCGCCAAAAGUCUACACAAGCUGCAUCCAACAAUCCCAAUUGCCCCCCAGGUGGUCAUCCGACAAGCCCGAAUCUCAGUCAACACAGGAAAACUGUUGAAAGCUGAAUACAUCCUAAGCAGCCUUAUAAACAACAAUGGAGCAACAGGCACAUGGCAGUAUAACAAGGAAAGUGAUAAGAUCCUUGUCCAGUCAGUCUGUAUACAAAUCAGAGGACAGAUCCUACAGAAGCUAGGAAUGUGGUAUGAAGCUGCAGAAUUAAUUUGGGCUUCAAUCAUAGGGUAUUUGGAACUUCCUCAGCCAGAUAAAAAGGGAAUUGCUACAUCGCUGGGUAUACUAGCAGACAUCUUUGUUUCUAUGAGCAAGAAAGAUUAUGAAAAAUUUAAAAACAACCCUCAAAUUACCUUGAACCUUCUCAGAGACUUCGAUCACCAUUUGCUGUCAGCAGCAGCAGCCUGUAAGCUGGCUGCUGCCUUUAGCCAAUACACCCCACUUUUUGUGCUCACAGCUGUGAACAUCCAAGGCACAUGUUUAUUGUCCUACAGUAACUCUACUGACUGUCCUCCAGAAAAAAGAAAGUUGUAUUUAUCUGAAGCCAAAGAGGCCUUUGAAAUUGGCCUCCUCACCAAAAAAGACAAUGAAGCAAUCUCUGGAAAACAGGAGCUGCAUAGUUUCAUCAAGGCUGCUUUCUGCCUUACCACAGUACAUCGGAGCCUCAGUGGGGAGACCAAAGCAGUCUGUGUUUCAGAUAAACUUUGUAGAGACGCAGUGGGGAAACUGUAUGCUUAUUGCACUUCAAGGGGAACUGAAGACAAAGAAACACUGGCUCGGGAGAUCAUGUCUGAUAUUGAGCUGGUUAAGAAGUACUUGCAAGUCCAAAGUUUCUCCAAUUUAGAUGACAGAUCUUAUGUCCCAGAGAGUUACAAAUCUUGGAUUGAUCAGCCUAUCUUGUAUGGCAAAGUAGAUUUCAAAGGAGUCCUUGAAAGGCAUUCCCAACACCAUGCUUCAGUGUGUGAAGUAUUUGAAACUAUAUGUAAGAGCCACGGGAGCAGAGAAGAAGUAAAAACAGGAGCCUGUAUCACAUCCUUGAAAACUGAGACAAAAAACACAGACACCUUGAGUACUAGUGAGGACAAAUUGUUAAGUCAAAAAGGCAUUGAAAUACCUUCUUCACAAAAAAACAGUCAGAAUCAUGGGAAGAGCCAAAUAAAAGAAAGAAGAAAAUGGCCCCGGUCAGAUGCAGUUCAUGUCUCACUUGAUGAAGAGACAGAAACUGAACCAUUGGAUCACUUCAAUAAUGGGGAAACUGAUGUUUCUAGCAACUCUCUGAAUGGAAGUCAGACAUCUAACUCUUGGAGCAAGAUAUCAGGAUCCAGCUUUUCUACUAGCUGGGAGGAAGUAGAUGAUCAUGCUGGCGAUGGGCCAGUCAGAAGGGAGAUCAUUCAAGAAAAAAGGCUAGUAGACACUCAGUGUUCCACAGCCCUAACUGAAGAUCUGGAGAACCAUGAUGAUAGCAGUGAUCUACAUUCAUUUUCUUCAAUGCCUCAUCCUCUCUCUCUCAAGGACUCUAAAGAAGACUGUUUAGAUCUCUGUCAAAAUCAACAAUGUAAACAAACUCCCUUGGUUCACCACAAGACAAUAAGCAUAGCCUCAGUUUCUGGUAAAGCAAACUUAGUCAACAGAGAACUAGAAAUAGAGAACGUCCAGGAAACUAGGAAUAUGGAACCCAAGGAUGGCUCUCCAUUUUUAGGACACUUAAGAGUCUCUUCUUGUUCUUCUACCUCUAGGAGGUCUAGGGAGAUCAUCUCAUUGUCUCCCCCAGAAGAAUCAGACUCAUUUGAGAUGAUUGAUGUGUUACCUGAAGCUAAAGGGAAUCAAGGAGUCAAGAAUGGAGAAGAGAAAGGAGUGAAAACCACUGAAAGAAACAAAGAACCCGUGUUUAGAGGACUGAUUUCUUGGAUUGAUCAGGAAGAAGAAACUACAGAAAGUAUAGAGGACGCUUCUUUGGACCAACCUAAAAACACCAAAGUCUCUUCCGCUUGUUCUUUAGCCAACAAAUCCACUGUGGCUGGUAGUUCUUUCACUUACCACCGGCCCAUGAAGAAACUUGUCACAGUAGGAAAAGAGCCCACAGAAAGUCAAGCAGAUGAGCCAGAUACCUCUACAAAGGACAAGGAAGUGGUGAGCCACUGGGCAAAUAAAAAUGGGUCUCAUAGGCUGAAUACUUUGAGAGAGCAAACCUGUCAGAUGGUGAACAAUGCCCAUGGCUCCUGGACAAACAGUAGCAGACCCUUCCCCACCCUGUGUGAUGACACUACCACAGAGGAUCAUGGCGGAGGGAAUGAAUUUGGAAACCAUAGGGAGAAUUCUAGCUCCUCCUUAUCAGGGUGGCUCAAUUCACCUGACUUUUUCAAUGGUUCUUCUGAGGGGGGAAGUCCCUUGUCAUUUCUGAAUUCCAGUGGCAGCUCUUUUGUGUCUAUACCAGGAACAGCCAACCAAGAAGUCCUAGAAUCUCGCACCCUGGAGGACAAAGACUUUGAGAAACUCCUGUCGGGAGUAGGGCAUGAUUGGUUAUUCCAGAGACUAGAGAACACAGGAGUUUUUAAGCUCAGGGAGCUCCACCAAGCACACAAUGCUCUUUUGCUAAAAUAUUCCAAGAAAUCAGAACUAUGGACAGCCCAGGAAACUGCUGUAUAUUUUGGUGACUACCUAGUUGUAAAGAAGAAAGGCAAACAAAGGAAUGCUUUUUGGAUACACCUCCUUCAUCAGGAAGAAAUUUUGGGAAGAUACGUCGGAAAAGAAUAUAAGUCACAAAAAGGACUUUGGCACCAUUUUGUUGAUGUGGAGAGGCAGAUGACCGCACAAUACUAUGUCACAGAGUUUAACAAAAGACUCUAUGAGCAAAACAUACCAACACAGAUCUUCUACAUCCCAUCCACAGUACUGCUGAUUUUAGAGGGCAAGACAAUUAAAGGAUGUGUCAGUGUGGAACCUUACAUUUUGGGAGAAUUUGUUAAACUAUCCAAUAACACAAAAGUAGUGAAAACGGAGUACAAAGCCACGGAAUAUGGACUGGCUUAUGGACAUUUUUGUUACGAGUUUUCCAACCACACUAAUGUUGUGGUUGAUUUGCAAGGUUGGGUGACCGGUAAUGGGAAAGGAGUCAUCUACCUCACAGAUCCCCAGAUUCAUUCUCUUGAUCAUAAAGAUGUGACUACUAACUUUGGAGAAAGGGGCAUUUAUUAUUUCUUCAACAAUCAGCAUGCGGAAUGUAAUGAAAUCUGCCAUCGACUUUCUUUAACUAGACCUCCAAUUGAAAAGCUUAGUUAGGCAUAUAUUUUUCUUCAACAGCAAUAUAGUUGAAACAAUAAAUUUAGUUCUACAAAAUGACAGUAAUCUAGAUGAACACCAAAAAAAAUCAGUUAACUAUCUGGACGUCAUUAAUAAGUAAACAUACAGAUGUUUAAUAUUAUUUUUAAAAAUAUGUCUGUGUAAUGGGCUUUUUGUUUUUACCUUUGAGACAUCAUGAAGAUAUAUUCUUGGCUAUCUCCAACUGUUGUUAUUAUGAAAGUGCAUUAUUAUUGAAUAAGGAGGGAUAGGGAUAAAGACCACACUUGUGAUUUCAUUGUACAGGGAACUCCCAGGUGAAGAAAUUCUCUCUACCAAAGCACCUUCUCUUUAACUUAGAGCCUUAGAAAGAUACCCAUGGCCCUGAGAAGGUAAGAUACUGGCCCAGGGCCAUAUAAUCAGUAUGUGUCAGAGGGUUUUCUUGGCUUCCACUUUUUAGUCACUACAUCAUGUCACCUGUAGAACUUAUAAUUUCCCCAAACUCAGAAAAAUCUGUAUUCAAGCUAAGUCCUCAGCCUUUAAUCCAUGUAUUUGUCCUAGGUAUUUUCAGAUUAAAGUUAUUUAGUGAUGAUUAUAUCCAUUCAACUCCCUCCCCCAGAAUCCCUUGGCCAGAUGAGUGACAAGCCAUAAAGGCAACUUAUGGUACCUGCCAUUAGAAACUAGCCAUGAAUUAUCAACCCCAAUAUUUCCUGACCAAGGGACUAAAACAAGCCCUGGAUAGAGCAGAAACAUUUUACCCUUCUAGGAGUCUCUUGGACCAAAGUCCAACCCAGAUAAAGAAUGAAUUCCUUUAAGGAAUAUUAUUUUCAUAAACAUAAGUAUUAUGGUCAAAUACACAUAAAUAAAACAAUUUAUCAGCAAUUAAUAAAGAAAAUAAUUGGGAGAAAAGUCAUGGGAUAGUUCAUUGUAGGUGACUUCUAAAGAAUACCCAGAUAUUGUCAGAUAGCAAUAUGACCAUAAUGAGUUUUGAUGUUCUGUUUUUUGUGGGGUGUUCUCCCCUCACCCAACAUUCUUUUGGGGGGGGGGCGGUGAGGAAUAAGUCUCUCUUUCACUCAGACUAGACUGCUGCAAUAACACACAGCCUUACCCACUGCUGGUUGACAAGGAAGCUUUGACUUUCUUCUCUGACCUGGGUUAGUCUGGCUUUCUUUAGGACCCUGGUGGCUACCAGGGUACAUUACAGUGUUCAUUGGAAUUAGCACAGAAAGGUGAUCAGCUUUUAGCCCCACCGUAGCUUAAGCAAUCUACCAACCUCAACCUUGGCAGUCACAGGGAUUACAGGUAUAUACCACCAGGCCCAUCAGCAUUCUCCCUGGUGAAAACGUCCAUCAGCAUAUGUAUUUACUGGAAUAAGGUGUACCAGUGCUAUGUGACAAAAGAUAUUUUAUAGACCAAUAUAUUGUCCCUGGUGACAAUAGUAAAGACAUUUCCAUAUUUUCUUUGUGAGAAUACAGCCACUAAUAAAAUCAUGGCCUUGGUUUCAUGCCUCUGAUAGAUGGACAACAACACUCUUCCAGGUUUUAACUCUUCCCCUGCCUGCUCCCAUUCCCAGCACACCUAUCUUCCUCCCAGGUCUUUGUUUUUUAAUUCUCAUCACUGCUUUGGGUGGUUCUCACCCUCACUAGGAGUAUGGCAAGCCAUGGGAAGGUGUCCACAGGCUCCACAAGAUGAGUGACUCCUCCCGACACCCACUCUUACCACAAUUUUUAUCCUGUAAGAUAAAGAUGCUGUUAAGUUUCUUUAGUUUGUUCCAGUUUGGACGAAACUCUCUCUAUAGGACCUGCAAUUCCUCUGCACUCUUGGUUUCAACUGAAAAUAUGGGAGCAAACCAUUGCAGCUAAAAUUUAAAGGCAAAUACUGAGAAAAAAAUCUUUGUAGAAAGUUUCUCUGAUAAGGGUCUUCUUUCCAAGAUAUCUAAAAUAACAAAUUCAAAUUUUUAAGAAUAAAAGCCAGUCCCCAAUUAAAAAAUAAUCAAAGUAUAUGAACAGGAAAUUUUCUAAGGAAGAAAUCCAAGCUAUCAGCAACCAAAUGAAUAACAUUCUCCAGGUAACUAAAAAUUAGAGAAAUACAAAUUAUAAGAACUCUGAGGUUCUACCUCAUACCCAUCAGAAGAACAAAGUAUUUUUGGCAAAGUUGACCAAAAAAAUAAAAUAACAAAGGUUAGAAGGGUUAUAGGAAAACAGGGACAUUAAUGUGCUAUUGGUAGAUCUAUGAAUUGGUUCAUCCAUUCUAGAAGCAAUUUGGAACUUUGGGGAAUAUCUAAUGAGUCAUCAAUUUGCAUGAUUUUUGACUAUACUGUUACUACUGGACUAAUUCCCCCAAGGGAUCAAAUAAAAAGAAGAAGGAUCUACAUGCACAAAAACAUUUAUGAAAGCUCUUUGGGUAGUGGAAAAGAACUAGAAACUAAGGCAGUGCCCAUAAAUUGAGGAGUGGCUGGACAAGUUAUGGCAUAUCAAUAUAAGGGCAUGUCAUAAGGAAUGACAAAAGGAAUGUUUUCAGAGAAACCUGGGAAGAUUUUAUGAAGUGAUGCAGAGUGUUGUGAGCAGAAUCAGAAGAGCAAUUUAUAUAAGACAAACAAUUCUGGAAAAAUUCAAGACUGAUGAUCGGUGAUGAAUCAGGAUUCCAGAUGAUAGAUGAAGAAGCAAAUGACAUACCUCCAGACUGAAAGGUGAUGAGCUCAAAGUGUAUGAGAUAAAGUAGAAUGAGAUAUACUCUUUUGGACACAAUCAAAGUGAGAAUCUCUUUUGCUUCACUAUGCAUAUUUGUGACAAGGUUUUUCUUGUGUGUGUGUGUGCUUUUUCUAAUGAGGGAAAGGUUAGGAGGGGGCAGAAAAUAAAUGUUUAUUGAAAAAAUAAAAAUGAAAUGAAAGUAUAUGUAUAAAAUGCAUAUGAGAGAAAAGAAGGGAGGCCAAAAGGAAGCAUGCAUAAUCAGGAAAGCUCUGAAAGUUAAAUGUUAGAUGUAUUAUGUAAAGUAAAUGGAAAAGCCAGCUAUAUGUAGUAGAAAUUCUCAGUUUUGUGUACAACCUUUUUAUAUCCUACUUUGUAUAUGGAA